AUGUUAGAGCCACUAGACGCGGCAAACUUACCGAUUUCGGUCAGCUUACCUUCUGGCUGCUUGGAUACUCCUGUGAUGAGCUUUUCUGAGCUUUUAGAGCAGCCGAUGAGCUACGACUUUCUCCCAAACAAUUCUCUCGAUUCUGGCCGGGAAAGUUUCACAUCAACAGGAUCGGCUCAAUCGUCUCCUACAUCACCUCUUACAUCUCCGGCGGAGCAAACUGCCUCUCCUACCCUUCCAGAAGCUCAAGUUUCUCUCAGUCAACAGCAAACUCCAGCGACAUCUUCAGCUCAAAGCCAUUAUCCGCAGGAAUUUUAUCCUCAAUACGUUCCACAGCCUGAUGUCUAUCUCUACCCACAAUCAUAUCUCCCCGUUCAAAAUCAACAGUACCAGCAAUAUCACCCGGAAAUGACUACCAACUACAGCAAUACGGCCGCUUUUUACCCACAGAUUCCAAAGUCAACUCAACUCGCUCCUGAACAAGGCUUUACUGGAAACUUCAGCAGUCAUUUGCCAUCAAAUGUCCCUCCACCUGGUACACGUCUUUCGAGGAAAUCUCCGAAAAAGAAGAAGAAAAAGGAUCCUAACGAGCCAAGCAGACCUGUUUCCGCAUACGCCUUAUUUUUCAGAGAAACACAAUCGCUCAUCAAAGGCCAGAAACCCGAAGCAACUUUCGGCGAAAUCUCAAAAAUCGUGGCGUCGAUGUGGGACGCACUCGGGGAUGAAGAAAAGACGGUCUACAAGCAGAAAACCGAAAACGCGAAAAGAAACUAUCUCCGCGAGCUGGCAUCCUACCGAGCAUCCCUGGUUUCAACAUCCAACGGCCAACAACAACAACACUCAGUCCGGGCGAAGCCUUACUGA